AGUACUUCCGCCUUAAACCCUAGCCCCUAUCGCAAACGCCCAAACCACCAUGAAGAAGAAGAGUACUCAAAAUCACGAUGAAACCGAUGCCAGAAAUGAAAUUGAUCAUGAAAAUGAAAAGGAAACGCCGUUCAAGGAAGGCGUGGACAUAUGCCAACAACUCAUGGACCGAUACUCCAAAUCCUCGGCACCGCAGCACCGCCACCUACUCGCCACCGCUGUCGCAAUGCGCUCCAUUCUCUCUUCCGAGUCCCUCCCACUCUCUCCAUCGGCCUACUUCGCUGCAGCUAUCUCUGCACUUGAUGAUUCCCAAAGUCUGGAUGCGACGGCAAUAGGUGCGCUUCUCACAUUCUUGUCUAUUGUUGUGCCGAUGAUCCCGCCGCAGGGGAUUGCGUCUGGGAAGGCGAAGGAGGCAGUGGAGGUGAUGGCGAGGCUGGUGGGUAAGGAGGGAUUAGGGGUGGCGAGUGUGAGGGGUGCGGUCAAAUGUUUGGGGAUGUUGCUUGUUCGUUUUUGUGAUCUGGAGGAUUGGAAUUCGGUUCAUUUAGGAUUGGAGACACUUCUUAGCUUCUCAGUGGAUAAGCGUCCAAAGGUCCGAAGAUGUGCCCAAGAAUGUCUUGAGAAGGUUUUUAAGUCUUUCUCGCACUCUAAUGUUCUUAAGGAGGCAAGUAAAUUGGUCCUUUCCCUGUUUAAGAAGCACAUGCCUGUUGCAGUUACCUUGAGCACUGCACAGACUGGACAUGAUUCUAAAGAUGAAAUAUCAUUGAGGCCUGAAGACUUGGAGGUCCUCCAUAUUCUAAAUGUGUUGAAGGUUACUGUUCCCUUCCUUUCUGUCAAAGUCAGUUCGAAAAUUUUAUCAAAUCUAUGUAAGCUUAUCAGAUCUGAGUUCUCUCCACUUACAAGGCACGUCUUUAAAACCAUUGAGGUAUUUUUUGGAAUUUCACAAUUUGAUGCUGUUAUCAUGGAGGCAGAGAAUAUAGUAGUUUGCCUUGCUUCAUAUGUAUCUCAAGGAGAGAAGAAUCCUGGUGACACUUUGAUAUCUGCAGCAACUUUGUUAAAAAGCUUGUUGGACAAAGUUCAUACUGUAGAAUCAAGCUCAUGGAUAAGGAAUCUUUCUUUGGUUUCUUGUUCUAUAGCUGGUCUUUUGACUUCUGAGGUUAACACAGCAUCACAGGCUUCAGUUGUCAUGAAGGACUUGAUUAACCAUCAUAUAGAUCUACCAGCUUCUUUAAUUGAUGAAAACCACUCCUCUGAUGAUGAUUUUCAUGAAAUUGAGGAAGCAGAUGCAAUAAAAUCAUUAUGUUCUGUCUUUGAGAAUACUCUCUGUUCAUCUAAUCAGAUUCCAGAUGAGCAUCUUUUGGCAGUCUUAUCUGUUCUAUUCCAAAAACUUGGUAUGUGAAGUUUUCUAUUUUCUGCACAAUCACUACCUGUACUUGAUAAUCAAUAAUUUUCUUCAAUUGUGCAUAAAACCUUUUCGAUUGAUGGACCCAAACAUUCUACUGAUUUUUAAAUUUAAUGGUUUGAUGCAAAAAGCUGACAUGUUAUUAUUAAUCCUUUUCAUCCUUAGAUCUUCAUUAAUAAGUGGGUAUAUGUGUU